AUGAGGUUCCUCUUUUUGACCGUGCUAUGCACUGUUCUGCUUUUAGGGGUUAUGAGUUCGGCUUGGCCAUGGGAUUCAUUCUCCGGAUUGGCACUUCGCGACAAGGCCGAUGCCUUGUUGGCAAAGCGUGCUGAAACCACUGCCACCGAUUCUACAGAAACCACCGCCUCCGAUUCAAACACAGCAACCACCGAUACUGCCUCCAACACUGAUGAAACCGCAACCGGAACCGCAACCGGGACUAAUUCCGCAACCGAUGGCACAACGGGAACUGCUACAGGCACUGAAACUGGUACCACAACCGAGACGGGCAAAAAAACCACCGAGACGGGAAAGACCACCAAGACAACCAGCAGCAUCUCCAUCGACCCUGCUGCCGCUGAUGGUGGUAUUUCAAUGAUCACCCCGGCCUCCUCAUCAACAACAUACUAUAAAAUUGGCCAGGACAUCACUUUCGUCUGGAACUACACUUCGCUCUCAGUCACCCCGUCCGGCAUCGAUGUCAUUGCAUCUUGCAGCGUGAACAAGAAUGUCUACACCCUGACCCAGAACAUGAGUGUCGCCCCAACAGGCACCUUCAUCUGGGACACGGACAAGUACCAGUCAUCUGCGACUAUCCCCUUGCUGACAUCUACAUACACGCUCUUUGUGUAUGACGCACAAAAGGCCUACACUGAUGUUGGUGAGGCUGGAUAUCUAAGCUCUCAGGUCGGAUACAGCUUCGGCAUGUACAUUCCGCAAUCAUACACCCCACUCAAUGAGUUCAAAUGUGCCACCUGCAGCGGUGCCCUCUCUGACAUCCAACGUCAAGGCCUCACAUUUGCCCUAGGCAUGGCUUUCAUCUCAGUUGCGUCUUUCACUUGGUUUGCGGGCACAUUUGGUCUGUUCUCCCUCUGA